AUGUAUAUACAUGGUGGAGGAUUUGUCUCUGGCUCUCCAAGAUCCGUCUCGUCAUAUCUGCUGCAACUGCAUUUGGAAUUGCGUGCCCGGGGCGUCCAUUCCGACGUAAUUGCAGUUGAAUAUGAUUUAGCUCCAGAGUACCCAUAUCCACACGCACUGCAACAAAUCGUAUCCGCAUAUGAAUAUAUUCAGGCACAAUACAAGCCGAUAGUGCUAAUGGGAGACUCAGCAGGCGGCAACCUAUGCCUCGCCCUGCUUCGUCAUCUUGCACGCCCUCAUCCGCAGAUUUCCUCACCUCGUCUGAGUCCCAAUAGCUCCCAAGGGAUUGUUGCUCUCUGUUUAGCAAGUCCAUGGGUUGACCUCCGAAAGAAUAGCACAUUGUGCCACGGAAUAUCAUCAGAUUGCUUGGACCGGUCGGCCUUGGGCUCGUGGCGGGAUGCAUAUCUAGGAGGCCAGCCAGUUAGCGAGUAUGCGAGCCCUCUAGGUUUCCCAGCCUUGACUGGGUGGAAGGUGAUUCUCCCUCCAAAAGCGUUGUUCAUGUCUGGCGAAUUGGAUCUCUUCUUAGCCCAAAUAAAGUUGCUGGGCGAAGAAAUUAAGAAAGAUGGAUACCAAGGCUUGGAUAUAAUAAUUGAGCCACUCAAGGGUCACGUCUGGAACCUGGUUGACUAUGGGGGAGCCAUACCUGGUGACUCACAAGGCAAAGAAAUCGAGAGAAUGGAGGCUUUGCGGGGUGUGUGCUUGCAAGCCGACUGGAUUAGGUAUGUUAGGAGCCAGGGCGAAUACAACAUCCCACCACUGAAGAAGACAAUGCAGCUGAUCCUAAACAACGCUAUAUGGUGA